UUUAUCAGAGGGCUAUAAAAGCAGAGCCACACAUGAUUUGAUACGCAUUGGUAACACCAUGGAUCCCCUCCUUUGUCUUGUACUGUUGCCGUUGGUGGCUGGCGCAGGCUUCCGUGACGAUUUCACAACAUGGGACCCGAGUGAUUACCAGAUUGAAGUCUCGGCAUGGGGCGGAGGGAAUCACGAAUUUCAAGUUUUUACCCCAGAACCAAGUAACCUGUUCGUCAGAAAUGGUAACCUGUACAUCAAACCGACGUUCACGAGGGACAGUGCCCACUUUAACGACGGGAGCCUGUAUUACGGGACCAUGGACGUUAACUCCCUGUGGCAUAGGUGCACCCAGCAUGACAAUAAUGGUUGUCACAAACAAUCUUACGGCGGCGACAGUGAGAUCCUGCCCCCUGUCAUGUCCGGAAAGAUUACCACCAACUUUGCGAUGACAUACGGACGUGUUAAUGUACGCGCAAAGAUUCCGAAGGGAGACUGGCUUUGGCCUGCCAUAUGGAUGUUGCCCCGCGACUGGAGUUAUGGUGGCUGGCCACGAUCGGGAGAGAUUGAUAUCAUGGAAUCAAGAGGUAAUACGAAGGCUAUAUUGGGAGGCCAAAACUCGGGAGUCAACUAUGUUGCUUCUACACUUCACUGGGGUCCAGCCUACAACCACAACGCUUUUGCUAAAACACAUGCAUCAAAGAGGAAGUACGGAGGUGACGACUGGCACGGCUGGCAUACAUACUCCCUAGACUGGACAGCUGACCAUAUCAUUACAUAUGUGGACAAUGUUGAGAUGAUGAGAAUCAACACGCCUAGCCAGAGUUUCUGGGGAUGGGGAGGAUUCGACGGAAACAACAUAUGGGCUUCCGGCGGCAAGAACGCUCCCUUCGACAAGCCGUUCCACCUGAUCCUCAACGUGGCCGUUGGGGGGGAUUACUUCGGAAAUGGCGAGUAUGAUGUACCAAAGCCUUGGGGGAAUCAUAAUCCAAUGAGAUCCUUCUGGGAGGCCAGACACUCCUGGGAACACACCUGGCAAGGAGAUGAGGUUGCUUUGGUAAUAGAUUACAUUGAGAUGAUUCCUCACUAAUUUAAUCAAAUUCAUGAUGGCUGUCAGUGAACAUGAAAUAAAAUGCAUGUUGUAUAUAUUAAA